AAAAAUAUACACAAAAGUGAUGGAGGUGGAGAGAGUGCAGGCCUUGGCCACCAGCGGGCUGAACGAGCUUCCAGUGAAGUUCGUUCGACCAGCCCACGAGCAGCCCGAGAAUAGCAAGGCCCUAGAGGGAGUCACGGUGCCCGUGAUCUCCCUUGCUCAGCCUCAUGAUGUUGUGGUCAAGGAGGUGGCAGCGGCAGCCACUGCAUGGGGCUUCUUUCUCAUUACUGACCACGGCAUACCGUCACCUUUGAUCCAGCAAUUGCAGAAGGUAGGGCAUGAGUUCUUUUUGCUCCCACAGAAGGAGAAAGAGGCCUAUGCAAAUGACCCAGCCAAUGGGAGGUUUGAUGGGUAUGGGACUAAGAUGACCAAGAACCAUGACGAGAAGGUCGAGUGGAUCGACUAUUUUUUCCAUCUGACUGCCCCUCCAUCUAAGGUCAACUAUGAAAUCUGGCCUAAGAUCCCUCCAUCUUACAGGGAAGUGAAUGACCAAUACAACAAGGAGAUGCUAAGAGUAACAGACAAGUUACUGGAGGUGCUUUCAGAGGGUCUAGGGCUGGAAGCAAAGGUUCUGAAAUCUCAUCUGGGAAAUGAAGAAGUAGAAUUGGAAAUGAAAAUCAACAUGUACCCUCCAUGCCCACAACCCCAACUGGCCCUAGGAGUUGAGCCCCACACUGACAUGUCAGCCCUAACCCUGCUAGUCUCCAAUGAUGUUCCAGGCCUUCAGCUGUGGAAAGAUGACAACUGGGUUGCUGUCAAUUACUUGCCAAAUGCAGUUUUUGUUCACAUUGGUGAUCAGAUGGAGGUCUUGAGCAAUGGCAAGUACAAGAGUGUUCUUCACAGAAGCUUGGUGAACAAGGAACGUAUGCGCAUGUCGUGGGCUGUUUUUGUUGCUCCUCCGCACGAGGCUGUGAUUGGGCCUCUGCCGGAGCUUCUGGAAGAGAAAAACCCUGCCAAAUACUCAACCAAGACAUAUGCUGAAUACCGACACCGGAAAUUCAACAAGCUCCCACAAUAGGAGUGAUUUAUUCCAUUUGUGCCUUGUAUCAACCAUCACAAUAAAAUUUCUUCAAUGGUC